AGGCGGCGGGAAUCAAAAUAUGGAGGCAUCAAAAUAUUGAUUCUAGUGGGCGGAGCUUUGACCAUAUAUGGGCAUAGAAUCAAUAUUUUGAUUCAAUUUGGGACAUUCCCACCUUCAGACGACCCGUUACGGCGGAAAUAACCCCCAUGACGGCGAGAUUUUUUGACAAGUCAAUACAAAAAACUUCCCCGCUUCAAUUUUUCGCUGCAUGGCUAUCAGCCGUUUGUCGCGCGUACCUUUACGAAUGGCAUAAAGAUUUCGCCGCCAUAAUUCAACAAAAACGUGCUGUUAAAACUUGCUCUGUUUAUCAUUAACGACGAGCCUAUGUAAUUUUUUCAUAAUUUUGUCUAAAAGAAAAUAAAAAAUGCGUUAUUUAGUUGUAUAAUUCAUUUAUAAGAAAUAUUCUUUUUCUUUGUAUCUAGCCACGAUUUCCGGUUCCCGCCAUUUCGCGCCGGCGUCGUGGGUGUUUAGAUGCAACGUAGUGCUCCCGGUUGUAUUUUGUUUAAGCGACCUUUUCUGAAGUGCACCAAGAGCCAAAAUGAUGGAGGAGGUGGGUGGGGAGCCAUGUCCUUCCCACCUGGGGCCGUCAGCAGUUGCAGAGGACCAUGAGCUCACCGAGCCGACACCAUCACUGGCUGACUGCAGCCCGCUCAAGAGCCUGGGGCCGACCCUGCACAGCCUGCUGUUGGCAGACACCCACCUGCCGGCCAAACGGAGUGAGCUGGGCCUAACUGACGUCCAUUACCUAGAGCCUCUUCCACUGGCUACUGUUGCUGCCCCGGUGGCUCCCGAGCCUACUGCCCAGCAGGCUCCUGCUGGUUGCUCGGUCAUCAUGGGCUACCUGAGUAAGCCUGACGAGCCAGGUGGACAGUCGCAGAUGUCGGUCUCCACAGACACUGAGGACCCGGACGACCCCGCCGCACUGCCGCCGGCGCUGCCCGACCUCUCGCAGACCUGUCUGGUGUGCGGAGUGACGGCGGAGCGCGGGCGGGCGCGGUGUCUGCGGACGGCCGAGCCGCUGCCGGCCAGCGGCUCGGCCUACCUGUCGUUCGUCGGCGCGCUGCUGUCGGCCGAACUGGAGCCGGGCGCGCUGGACCGUCUGGAGGUGAUCUGUCCCGACUGCCAUGACCUGCUGGUCACCAUCGACGACCUCGAGCAGCGCGUCGCCGCCAUGAAGAACAGCGUGCGCAGCCAGUUCCGCGAGUGGUGGCGCGCCGCGGCGGACGACGCUGCCGGCGCCGGCCCGGAGCUGCGCCGCCGCGGCCGGCGCGCCGCCGCCGCCGGAGCCGGCCGCCGCCCGGGGCCGCAGCCGGACGUGAGGGGCACGGUGACGGAGGCCGACCCGGCGGCGGAUGACGAGUUCCGACCCAGCAAACGGCGCAAGAACGCUCCCAAGUCCGGUGCGCGGCGCGCCAAGUCCGGUAUGGCGAGCGAGAGGAAGAUCGCGAAGUCCAAGAACCUGGUGUGCACGCGGUGUCCGUUCUACACGUUCGACCGUGACGCGCUGCGGGCGCACAUCGCCUCCGUGCACGCCGGCGAGAAGGUGCACAGCUGCGAGGUCUGUCACAAACGGUUCACCUACGAGGACUCGCUGAAACGGCACAUGAACCAACACCAGCACUUCAUCAAGGAGUUCCGCUGUCAGCCGUGCGGUGAGCAGUUUGUGAAUCGGUCGGAACUGCUGCUGCACCGUCAGCUGUACCUGCACGGCGCGCAGGGCUCCCCGCCGCCGCCGGAGGAGCCCGCCGCCGCCGAGGCCGACUGCGCGCUCCAGUUCGCCUGUCCCGACUGCGGCCUGGUGCACACGCUGCGUGACUCGGAGCAGCAGCCCCGGCCGCCGGCCUGCCAGUGCGGCCGACAGAUGGACAUCGCCUCCGUGCUGCGGCUCUUCCCGAACGGCGGCGGCAACGGCGCCUGCCUGGCGUGCCAUCAGUCGUGCGACGGCCCCGACGCGAUGGAGAGGCACCUGGCGGAGGUGCAUGGAGCCGGUGACGUGGUGUGCUCGCUGUGUGGCAGCCGUUUCGCGCACCUGGACCAUUUCCAGCUGCACGCGCUGUUCCACUCCACACUGGAGGAGUUUGCGUGCGAGCAGUGCCCGUUCCGCACGUACAGUCCGGCGCGCUUUGCCAGCCACCGGCACGAGCCGGCGCCGGCCGCCGAGCGACCCGUCAGCGACGAGGCGAUCGUGGCGGCGGUGCGCAACAACCCGCCGGGCCGGCGCGGCCGACCGCGCAAGGACGCGCCGCCCGAGCCGCCGGCCUUCCACCGGUGCCCGAUCUGCAGCAAGGAGCUGUCGUCGCUGACCAACCUCAAGAACCACAUGGUGCUCCAUUCGGACGUGCACGAGCACAAGUGUCCGGUCUGCGGACGCAGGUUCAAGCUGCGAAAAUACCUCAACACGCACCUGACGCUGCACACUGGCGUGCGGCAGUUCAAAUGUACUGUAUGUGGAAAAGACUUCAAUCAGAAGUGUGAACUCAACCGGCACAUGCGCUACCACAACGGAGACAUGACGCACGUCUGUGAGUUCUGCGGCAAAAGGUUCAGGGAGGCCAACGGACUCAAAUUCCACCUCCAGACGCACACCGGGGAGCGACCGUUCUCGUGUGACCAGUGCGGGAAGGCGCUGCGGAGCGCCUCCAAGCUGCGGGUCCACCAGCGCACCCACACUGGCGAGAAACCGUACAAAUGUGAAUACUGCGGUAAGGAUUUCGCCUACAAGUACAACUUUGACUGUCACCUGAGGCUGCACACGGGGGACCGGCGCUUCAGGUGUUCGGUAUGCCAGACCGGGUUUGAGCGACGCGACAAACUGAAGGCCCACGAGCAGUCGUGCCCGCCGCCCCCGCCGGCCAGCGAGCCGCACCCGUACCCGUGGUCCAUGGAGGCGCUGGAGCCGCACUGACCGGCCGAGCGGGGGUCGUCCUGCGGCGCUGUGUCGGUGCGCUAGCUACCUCUGCGGCGUACUGACUGCCGGCCGGGUCCGACCGUCACUCCCAGAGAUCACCUGCGGCAUUGUUCGCCGGACAGCACAGGGCUGGGUGACGCCGCUACCCCAAACACAUACCGCUCGAAGGAAGGGCUUAUGUUUGUGGCAGUUCGGUGAUGACUUUAUACAGGCCACCGGGCUGGGUGUGAUGUGUGUAGUGUGCUACGCUGUUCUCAUGACCAUAUUUCCAUAUUAGGACUGUCGGUAGUUGAACUGAGUGACAUUGAAAGGAUUGGGGACUACCUGGGCUGUGAGCUUGCAUUCGUAGUGAUCAUUUGUUGUUACAUGGUCAACUGAAGUGCUGAAUGCAUCGUCUAUCUAUGGAGCGUAUCACAACUAACUAAUCGUGUCCGAUCAAUGAUUUUUUCUCUGCAUCUCUAUCAGGUAUUAUAUUGUCGAUGCAUAUGAGCCGACCGUGAUCCAUGACUCAGCCAUUUAUGGCAGCUUUUUCUGUGCAUGUACCCAUGAUUGUAUCGUUUCCUGUGGGCUACUUAUUCCGUGUGUAUCACCGUACCCACGAGACCUCUCAGUAUGGCGCAUGUUUAUCCGUUAGCCUCAGCACGACAGCGGAACACGCCGGGCUCAGGCCUCAGUGUACGUACCGCUGUGAGCCGAUCUCGCAGCCUCAGACUGUAUUCUAUCACAUUUCCGUCCGCCAAACCGCCGUCACGGGGCUCAUCGGCCCUCGUCUAACCGUACGUUCGUACCUCACGCACGAGUCGGUGGCCGUCGCCAGCCAGCUGCCCCACUGUUGGUCCAACCCGUGUGUGACGCCAGCCCAGCCCAGCCCACGGAUACUGACGGGCCAGUGGGGUGCACCGGAAGGCGCUGAUUGGUAAUCGGAUAUCACCGGCCCGGCCCGACCGCCUUGUUCGGUAUCACCUGUCUGAUAUUGACGCGCUGUCUAUGAUACCUGACGUGGUUUGUAUGACCGUCUUGUUGGAACGUCGCUGGUCGCUGUGGUGUGUCUGAAGUAUCUUUCCGCGGCUUGGCACUGAUAUCUAUGCGUCUAACGGGCGGUGGUGGGUCCAUGCUACCUCUCCCUGACCUCAUUGGAUGUCGUGUGGCGGCGCUGUUACCUGGUGGGAAGAGGGAUGGAGACAUACGGGGGGCAGAGUGGGAGACAUCAGGGGCGGGUGGGUUGGGUUGGGAAGAGAGCUGGUGACCUGGUGAACAGAGUGUUCCGCGCUGUGGUGUGACGGACUGCAGUUAGUGACCGCUGUUGCGACUGGGUUGGAGGUGGAGGGGGGGGGGGGCAGACGGUCUGUGGCUCUCCAUAGCGGCGCUCUAGCACCGGGCCAUUGGACACUACGAGGGGGGGGGGACGACAAGUGGUCCCAUCUGAAGCCCGCUAUACAAGAACCGGCCAAGGGCUACUGAGCUAAAUUACAGCUGGUCUGUUGAUAUGGGUCGCGGAUGGUGUAGUUGUCCGAUUAUUCCGUAUUUGAUCAUGUAUUGUUGAUGGCUACUGCCGAUGUGCAUGGCUCAAUGAAUGCAGCCAUAAAUUGGCCGAUGUCCGUGAAGUGAAGUGCUGUCUACACAGUGAGGCGGCGCUCUCCGUCCUGGCCCCCAUCCCGUACGCGGUAGGUACUGCCGCCACUGGGGCCACUGAGAGCACUAAUGGGCCGGCCGUCGCCACCUGGGCGGCCUACCGGCUGAAAGCAAAGUUUUAAUGCGCGCCGAAUGCCGGCUGUUGUAAUUUGUUCUCCUGUUUGCGGAUUGUGCGCUGAAAGUCGGUGAAAUGUAUUUAUAUGUGCCCAAAGUUCCUGCCGCGGAGUUGCCGCCACGUUUUGUAAUAAACUCAUCGGACGG